AUGCAUUAUAGCGAUAGAGAGAAGAGAGGUUAAAAAAAAUAAAAAAAUAAAAAAAAAACAAAAUCAGAAUUUUUUUUUUUUAAUUUCAAAAAAGGAAAAUAAAUAAAUAAAAUUUCAAAUCCCAAAAGCUUUGUUUCAACUUCAUUAUCGCGGAGCGGAGCUCAAAUUUCAGUAAUGAAUUUAGAUGUGGAAGUUGGAACAAAUGAAACUUCUGGUGAGACGGACUUGGUUACCAAUGAAGAAGGUCCAAUCCCAGAACCAUAUGUUGGUAUGGAGUUUGAGUCUGAAGAGGCUGCCAAGGCAUUCUAUGAUCAAUAUGCAAGGCGUGUAGGUUUUGUGGUGCGUAUUGAUCAGUGUCGUCGAUCAGAGGUUGACAAGAGAAUUCUUUCUCGUCGAUUUUCAUGCAAUAAGCAGGGAUUUUAUCUUAAAGCUAAAUAUGACUAUGGACCAUCUCGGAAGCCACGGACUAGCAUGAGGGAGGGGUGCAAGGCAAUGAUCUUGGUCAAAGUUGAUAAAUCAGGAAAAUGGAUUAUUACAAGAUUUGAAAAGGACCAUACUCAUCCACUUAUUGUUUCUCAACGCCCUUCUUGGAAUUCUGUGGAUACAAAGGAUAGAAGGAUUCAGGAACUCACCAUGGAGCUAGAGAAUCAAGAUCAGGUAUGCCGACUAUAUCGAGAGCUGCUUCUUUCAUUUUUGAAAAAUGUUGAGGAACAAACAGAACAACUGUCAAUGAAAGUUGGAGGAGUUCUUAACAACAUAAGAGAAUUUGAGCCUGGAAUUCAGAAGCUUUCACACAAUCAUUAACCCGCCUCAGUGGUUGUAGAAGGAUUCCACUGAUAUUCUGGUUGAUAUUAUUCUCACAGAUUAACAUGUUACAAAAAGUGAAACUGAGCUCGACUCUUUUAUCCCAUUAGCCACCUUAAAGUUGCCUUUGUACAGCUAAGUGUUCACAAUUGAGUGGUCCUCUAGUUUUUUUUUUUUUUUUUUAAUUAAUUAUUUAUUUAUUUAUUUUAUUUUGAUGUCAUGGUGAGAGAUAUGAAUGUACAAAAGAACUGUAACUUUGCCACCAGCUAUCCCGUCUUGAAUUUGUGUUUAUAGGGAUGUAAAGUGUUCACACUACUCUUUCAUGUACUAUAACAACGCACGGCAUGAAUGGACGUCAUUUUCAGUGGUUUA